GAUCCCCUGUUGCCUUGUCUUCUGGGUUCUCUGUGGGAAUGGGAGCCAGGAGUUCUGGCACCAACUUUGAGGGGGCGGGACCCAGCACAGUUGGCCCCUCCCUGGACCAGGGCCUCAAAUACCUGAGUGUGCCCAGGCAUCAGACAGACCUUUUGCCAGACCAAGCCCUUGGAGUCUGGUACCACGGACACACUCCCAGCCUGGACCUCAAACCCUUACUUGGGCCCAAAUCCUGAGCCUCUGGCACUGCCCUAUCCACAUCUCAGCCCACUACCUCGGAGCAAUGGGAUGGCCCCGGGCCCUACUGGCUGCGCUCUGGGCCCUGGGGGCUGCCGGGGCAGCAGCGCUGCGCAUUGGAGCCUUCAAUAUCCAGAGUUUUGGUGACAGCAAAGUGUUGGACUCAGACUGCGCCAGCGUCAUCGCACAAAUCUUGGCUGGCUAUGACAUCACGCUCGUGCAGGAGGUGCGAGACCCGGACCUGAGCGCAGUGUCCGUGCUCAUGGAGCAGAUCAACAGCGUGUCGAGGCACCAGUACAGCUACGUGAGCAGUGAGCCCCUGGGGCGGGAUCACUACAAGGAAAUGUACCUGUUCGUUUACAGGAAGGACGCGGUGUCGGUGGUAGACACGUACCAGUACCCGGACCCGGAGGACACCUUUAGCCGUGAACCUUUCGUGGUCAAAUUUUCAGCCCCCAGCUCCGGUGAGGCCCCGCCCCUUCCGCCGGCCCCGCCCCCACCGCAGGCCCCACCCACCCCUCACCCGCCCUCUCCAACAGCUGCCAAGGAGCUUGUGCUGGUCCCGCUGCAUGCUGCGCCUCACCACGCAGUGGCGGAGAUCGAUGCUCUCUACGAUGUGUACCUGGACAUUAUCGACAAGUGGGGCACCGACGACAUGCUGUUCCUGGGCGACUUCAACGCGGACUGCAGCUACGUGAAGGAGCAGGACUGGGCGGCUAUCCGCCUGCGCAGCAGCGAAGUGUUCAAGUGGCUCAUCCCGGACAGCGCUGACACUACAGUGGGCAACUCGGACUGCGCCUACGACCGCAUUGUCGUCUGUGGUGCUCACCUGCGCAGGAGCCUGAAGCCCCAGUCGGCCACGGUGCACAACUUCCAGGAGGUGUUUGGCCUGGACCAGACUCAGGCCCUUGCCAUCAGUGACCAUUUUCCUGUGGAGGUGACCCUCAAGUCCCACUGAGCUCCGAGGACUGGCCAGGGCAUGCUGCCUGCAGACUGGCUAUGAGGAACAGCUCCACAGGACUCAAGGUGGCUGGCUUGCCCUCAGCAAGGCUGCAGGACAGGGUGAACUGGGCCUGGACAGGUGGCCAUUGACAUGUUACUGGAACAGUGAGCCGAUCCCAUCUGUAAAUGGCCUACCACUACCUACCUCACAGGGGUGUGAGGAGCAACCCAGAGCACUGGGUGUGGCUCUGCUCAAUAAACAAGAGUGCUCAGCUAGGACCACAAACAGGUCA